GUAAGGUUGAGCAUCCAACAGAAUGGUGUCAUCCCAUAGUGCCUGUUGCUAAGAAGCCAAAUGGAGUAAGAUUGUGUGUUGAUCUGACUAAGCUUAAUAAGUAUGUAUGUAGACCCACUUAUCCUGUACGAUCACCACAUGAUGCAGUAGCUUCGAUUAGCACUGGGGCAAGGUGGUUCUCUACACUAGAUGCAAAAAUGGGAUAUUUUCAAGUCAAGAUUGCAGAAGAAGACCAGGAUCUCACAUGUUUCAUUACCCCAUGGGGUCGCUAUAAAUUCAAGCGAGCGGUAAUGGGACUUAUUUCUUCAGGAGAUGAAUAUAAUCGAAGAGGAGACCAAGCUCUUGGUGAUAUACCACAAACUGUAAAGAUAGUUGAUGAUGUUCUUGCAUACGAUUAUUCUUAUAAGGAUCAUCUAGCCCAUAUUAUUUCUAUCUUGCAAAGAUGUGAUGAGUAUGGGAUAACUCUUAAUCCUCAAAAAAUUUGCUUCGCAAAACGUGUUGUUGAUUUUUGUGGGUAUAAAAUCUCGAGCCAUGGCUACACAGUUGAUUCUCGCAAAGUUUUGGCUAUUGCAGACUUUCCUGUACCACAAAAUAUAACAGAUCUUCGAUCUUUUAUGGGACUUGUUAAUCAGCUUGGAAGUUUUUCUUCAGAAAUUGCACAUGAAGCACAACCACUCAGAGAUUUACUGAGGCAGCGUAAUGAAUGGUGUUGGACAACACAGCAUGAUUUGUCUUUUAGGAGAGUAAAGGAAGCACUUACUGCACCCCCUGUACUUGCACAUUUUGAUACAACUUUGCCAAACCAUGUUGCAGACAGAUGCAUCGCGACUGCAUGGUCUGGGAUUUGCUUUACUUCAAAAGCAUGGAACGGACUGGAAACUAACGCAAUGUGGCUCAAGAUUCCUUUCAGAUGUUGAAACAAGAUAUUCUGUGAUAGAGCUGGAAAUGACAGCUGUAUUAUGGUCAAUAAAGAAAUGUCAUACUUACUUGGCUGGAUUGCCUCAUUUUGAUGUUGUGGUAGAUCAUAGACCAUUGAUACCAAUUCUUAACAGUAAGUCACUUGGUGAAAUUGAAAACCCAAGACUUCAACGCAUGAGAGAGAAGCUAAGUAAUUUCAGUUUUACUGUCCACUGGCAGAAGGGAAGUAUUCAUUGUAUUCCAGAUGCUUUAUCGCGUGCACCAGUUCAGGAUCCUACGGAAGAAAAUUGUUUGAAUGAGGAUGGAUCCACUGAUCCUUUGCAUGUUGCAAUUGUGAACGCCCUUGACAUGCAUGGAGAUGGUGUACUUCUGACACCUCUAAAGGACAAAACGCUGGAAAAGGUACGUGUUGCUGCUGAACAGGAUGCAGAAUACAAUUCACUUCGGAAAAUUAUAAUGAAAGGUUUUCCUGAACACUGCCAUAAUUUGGAAGUAGAACUCAGGCCUUUCUGGAAUAUACGUGAUAUGCUUGCUGUAGAUGAUGACCUAAUUGUUUAUGGAGCAAGACUUCUUAUACCCAAGAGUCUUCGACGGGAAACUCUUGAAUGUCUUCAUGAUGGUCAUCAGGGAAUAGACAGCACAAAAAGGAGGGCGCGACAGACUGUUUACUGGCCUAAAAUUGACAGAGAUAUUGAGAACAUGGUUUCUUCUUGUAUCAAAUGUCGUCCUUUUCUACCAAAUCAAAGAAAUGAACCUCUAUGGCAAGAAGAAGAUCUACCAAGUAGAGUUUUUGAAUCCGUAUCUGCGGAUUAUUUUCAUGUCAUGGGUCGUACUUAUCUUGUUUAUAUUGACAGGUUGUCUGGAUGGCCUUGUGUAUCUUCGUGCCAGGGUAUAGCUUCUGCAUCCAAUCUAAUACGGUCACUGAGGGCUAUAUUUUCAGAUACUGGUGUUCCUGUUUUGUUGAAAACUGAUGGAGGACCACAGUUUGCUUCAUCAGCUUUGAGACGUUUUUUUUAUCUCGCUGGGGAGUAGAACAUCGCAUUACUUGGCCAUAUAAUCCGAAGGCAAAUGGACAUGCAGAAGCAUCAGUGAAAAUAUCAAGAAGCUGAUUAUGACUACUGCUAAGAAUGGGAACCUGGAUGCGGAUGAAUUUGCCCGUGGAAUGUUGGAGCUUAGGAAUACACCUCGUGCUGAUGGCAGAUCACCAGCUCAAGUUUUAUUUGGUCAUCCCCUCAGGUCUUUUAUUCCAACACAUCGUCGCUCAUUUGCCAAAGAGUGGCAAAAGAAAGCAGAGGAAUGUGAUGUUAAAGCAGAGUAUUUGCGAAGUCAGGCGAAGCAACGAUACGACAGUACUGCCAGACCCCUUUCUCAUUUGGAAAUGGGUACUUAUGUUGAUGUUCAGGAUCACACCACAGGACUUUGGAAUCGCCAAGGUGUUGUUGUCGGCAUUGGAUCAAGGCGAGAUUAUCUCAUAAAGAUGGGCAGCGGGCGCAUUUUGUGGAGAAACCGAAAGUUCCUGAGACCACAUCGACCUCUUUUACCAAUAUAUGGAUCAAGCCUUGAUGCAACUAAUACUCCCAGUAAACCAAAGGAUGUGGAGAAGUCACAAGAUAAUUCUACUGCUGAGGUUAUUAGCAAAUCAAUCUUGCCUACACCAGCUCCACGUCGUAGUUUGCGGCAUAGGAAAGAACCUGAUCGUCUACAAGUAAAAUGGAAGAAAAAUACAUAUGAAUAAGAAGGAUUUUCAGACGCCAGGGAUUAUGAUAUCAUUACCCUAGACGUCUUAGGGGGAGGUGUGUGAUAUACCUCCAAAUGUCCAUAUUCAUUUGUUUACUAGUUAUGUAA